CGCAGGCGCACUCGCUUUCGCGCCAAAUUUGAGCUGAGGGGACGGCGGAGGAAGGAAAGGAGCGAGAAGAAGAAGAAGACCCGGCGGCCGCUCCUCCGGUCCGGUCCCCCUCGCCCUCCCGCCGCCGCCGCCCACGGAACCCCCCUCCACCGCCGCCAUGAUCGGGCAGAAGUCGCUGCUGUCUUUCUUCGCCCCGCUGCCCGGCGAGAAGCGGACGCGCUCCUCGAACUCCCCCGCCCGCGAGGCCUGCAAGCGAUCGAAAGCGAACGAGGCGCCUCCGUCAUGGUCUCCUCUCACCCCGGAGCAGCUGGAGCGGAUCCGCAAGAACAAAGAGGCCGCCCGGCAGAGACUCGCCGCCCGCACCGCCAACCUGAUCCCCCCGGAUCUCACGGGCAGCUGGAGGGUUGCGCUGGCCGAGGAGUUUUCCAAGCCCUAUUUCGCCGAGCUGAUGGCUUUUAUUACACGUGAGCGUAGCCACUACACUGUGUAUCCACCAGCACAGCAGGUCUUCACCUGGACUCAGAUGUGUGACAUCCAAAAUGUGAAAGUUAUCAUCUUGGGCCAAGAUCCAUAUCACGGACCUGGCCAAGCCCAUGGGCUCUGCUUCAGUGUUCAGAGACCAGUUCCACCUCCACCCAGCCUAGAGAAUAUUUACAAAGAACUUUCUACAGAUAUCGAAGGCUUUUCUCAUCCUGGCCAUGGAGACUUGACUGGGUGGGCUAAACAAGGCGUGCUGCUGCUCAACGCGGUCCUCACGGUUCGGAUGCACCAACCCAAUUCCCACAAAGACAGAGGCUGGGAGCAGUUCACCGACGCGGUGGUCUCCUGGCUCAACAAGAACCUGGAGGGCCUGGUCUUCAUUCUUUGGGGGGCCUAUGCCCAGAAGAAAGGCAGCUCCAUUGACCGGAAGCGCCAUCACGUCUUGCAGACAGUUCACCCUUCCCCCUUGUCGGUGCACAGGGGCUUCUUCGGAUGUAAGCAUUUCUCCAAAGCCAACGAGUUGCUGGAAAAGUCUGGGAAGAAGCCCAUUGAUUGGGGGGCCCUGUGACAGGUUGAGGACACCCUUGGCACCUAGGAAAUGAAACGGAUCAUGUCGUUUUUCUGUUGUUCUAAAGAGUGCAGACACUUUCCGAUAAAUAAUUGUUUGCAUUCUUUGUUUUGUUUCUGUUGACCGGGCAAGCUUUAAACAACAAGCUUCAAAAUCCUUCCUCUGGUUUGAAGUCAGUGUUAAUAAUUCCAAGAAUGCCUUUCUUAAAAAAGGUUUCCUGGGGUGUUGGGGAGUAAAUACUGAUUCUUUUUAGCCAACAAUUUGUUUUAAUUCUUGCAACCCCAUAUCAAGGGUGUGGUUCCAAAUCUGUUCUUGAUUAAUAUUUAACUCCCUCAUUCUUGUCAGUUUUUGACAGAUGGAAACAGUUUUCUAUUUUUGACAGCAAAGAAGUUUUUUUCUUUUUUAAUUCUUUGCCUGCUCAGGAAAUAAUUACUUUGCAAACCCUUGAUGACACCUGAUGUCCUCUUUGUUUGGGCUUCACCACUUGCUCUCUUGUUGCUUACAGAUUGUAAGUUGUAUUAGUUGCUGUGGAGUAUAGUGCUCAGUAUUCAUGCACUGUUCUUUCUGAGACAUCCAACAGUUAGAUCACUUGAUACCAGCAAAGAAUUUUGCCAGCUUUUCCACCAGGUCUCUUGAGCAACCGUCCGGGGGUCUCACUGCCUCCUGUUCGAUCACGUUUGGUGCCAAAAAGUUCUUUUUGGUAUUCAGAAAGGAGCCAUUUGGGAACUUUAAUGACUUUUAAUCAUUAGCCAAAUGUUCGGUUCAGUCUUUUUUUCUGUGAAAAAUGCACAGAUUUUCUUGACCGGUAUGUUUAAAUACCAAGCUAAGAAGUAUCCUUUUUUUAUUUCCUUGUUCCAUGUCUAACACUAGUAUCCAGGUUA